AUGAAGCUGAAGAUCAACCUUACCCGAGGUGGGAAGGGGGAGGCGGUUGCUGGCGUGGGAGCGGAGGAGGAGAGAGGCGAGAGCAGCAAUAACAACAAGAAGGAAAAGAGGAACAGCAAGGAGAAGAAAAAGACGAAGAAGGACAGCCUCACCAAGCCCCCCAAGGAAAAGAAGAAGGACAAGAAGACGGAGAAAGAUGUAAAGGCUGCACCCACGGAAGAUGAGGCCACCAAAUUGACGUCAUCAUCGAAGAAGCAGCUGCCCCUGCUGCGAUCAUCUCACAGCAAGAAUCCUCCCUCGCGGAGCUGCGGUUUCGAAAUGGGAGCAGGCACUCCUCCCCUGCAGCCGAUUCUACGCCCAGCAACCACCAGCGAUAUGCUACCACCACCGGGGCCGCGCCCGCUGCCCCUACCAUUACUCCGGUCCGACGACGAGGAGGAGAUCGACCCCGAGCAGCUGCUCCUCGCCCUCACCGCCCAGCAGCAACAAGAGGCAGAAGAGCAACAAGAGCAAGAGCAAGAGCAGGAGCAGGAGGUGGAGAUCAACAAAGACUCGACUGCGUCGGACUGA